AUGAACCAAAAGAUGAUGACACCCAUCAUCACAAAGGUCCUCCUGGUCGCUUCCUGCCUGGCCACUGCCGCAUCCGCCUCUCCUCUCUACCGUCGCCAGUCGUCUCAAGAGUCCAGUUUGGUCCAGGAUGCGCCUUUGGCCGGUGAUCUGGCGGGGGUCCAUCUCUUGCUCAACAACGACCUUGACUCCAAUACGCCCAAGCAUCCUGUUAUCUUUCUCGCAGAGGCUAGGAGUUAUAAGGAUAGUCGGCAUGUCUGUGACAGACUCGGCGAAGAUUUGGUCGACUCUGGGAACCUCGGGUUUGCAAAAGACUUACUGGACAUCACGCGUAUUGCUGCCAACGAUCUCAAGAAGGUGUCGCGGCUCUGGGUCAAGAACGCCGACACUUCCUCCUCUUCCUGCACAGCAUUCGAUCGCAAGUCUGGCCAUACAGUCCAACUCCCCUGCAUAACACACUUACCCGCCCUCUGCGCCAACACCCUCCCCCGUUACCAGAUUGGUCCUGACGUCCAUACCGACAAGACGAAACAAAUCAAGGUCCGCACCCCCCAUGCCGGCACCUAUCAGGGAUACCGUGACCAGAACCAGUUCCGGUUCUUGGGGAUCAAGUAUGCGCAGCCCCCUGUUGAUCGACUUCGGUUCUUGCCUCCCCAGCGGAUGAAGGCAGGUGAUGCGGACAAGGCGAAGGAUGCGACCAAGUAUGGGUUCGUGUGUACGCAGGACGCGUAUGAGGGGGAUGCGAAACCUAACGCGACGGAGGAGAUGUUUUCGUUGGGUGCUCCCGAAAGUGAGGAUUGUCUGCACCUCAAUGUCUUUACGCCGAGUUUAUCAAGCGAGCAAGGCGGUAGUGGGAAGAAGAAGGGGUUGGCGGUGAUGGUGUAUGUUCAUGGUGGAGGGUUCACGUCGUUCUCGGGGUCAUCCCCUGUGUUUGAGCCUGGUAACCUUGUCUCGCGAGGCGGUGUCGUCGUUGUUACAUUAAAUUACAGACUGGGCAUUUUCGGCUUCUUUGAGAGCCCACCUUUGAUCUCUCGUUCCAAGGCCACGGGAAACCUUGCAAUCCGAGACCAGAUAGCGGCACUCCAGUGGGUCCAGGACAACAUUGUCGCGUUUGGAGGUGAUCCAGACCAGGUCACCAUCUUUGGUGAAAGUGCGGGUGGAUUCUCGAUGCGCGCUCUUCUCUCGGUUCCUGCUGCAUUUGGGUUGUACAAGAACGUUAUUUCUCAAUCAGACCUGCUUGGCAUUCCGUUCUCGAGCCCAAAGAUUGCAGGAGAGAUUGGCGCAGGAUUGCUAAAGUACCUUGGCUGCUCGCCCUCCGACUUUGCCUGCGCACAGAGCAAGACCGCUGUCCAAGUCCAGAUCGCAGAACACAACGCCACCAUGGAUGUCAUCCUGGCCGACGGAAACGAAUGGUUAAUGAACGCCGGAAGCGUGUACCGACCCACCAUCGACGGCGACUUUUUCCCAGGUGACUUUGCAGAUCUUGUCAGGACCGGUCGCUAUAACCGCAAGGCGAAUAUCCUAUGGGGCUCGACUCGGGAUGAGGCGGCGGCGUUCUUGCCCUAUGCCUUCCCGAAACCUAUCCCACUCGACGAGGAGGAUAAGGCUUUGGCGGGGUACUUACUGGAGGACCGGACCAAGAAGCUCUUCACCUCUCCCGCCUACGCGCUCAACAAAUCCGAUACCGACACGAUCCGGAACGAGCUCUCGAUUGCGGUCACAGACUUGCUCUGGGCGUGUGCGGUUCAGAGGAUGAGUCGAGGCACGGCAAGUCAGCAUUCGAAAGUCUACACCUACAGGAUGGACUACGGCCGCAACAUCUACUCGACAUUUAGCGACAUUUCUCCCCCAUUCUGUCGCGGACGCAUUUGCCACGCUGACGAUGUGAUCCCUUCAUUCGGAUCUGGGGAUGUGAAAUAUGGCACAGUCCAGACGGGCUCUGAUGCUCGCUUCUCAAGGCAGGUGAUCGAUCGGUUCGUUACAUUUGCCAAGACCGGGAGCCCGAACCCGAAGAAGGAUAGUGGGGUGUUGGGGCUUGCGGCGAGGAAUGCGGAUGUGACGAGUGUAAAGUGGCCCGAGUAUGUGAGUGGAGAGGAUCGGGUGUUUGUGUUUGAGGAGACGGCGGGGCGGGUUGAGGUUGGGAAGGAUACGGAGCGGUGUCAUUGGAUUGGAUUGAGAAGAAUGUACAUUAUGAUUAUCAGGUCCAUGCGCCUAAUGGCAAAACUCGCCUCGGGCAGUACCCCCGGUCUACAACGAUUGCUCAACACAACUCCAGUGGCUGCGAGUGAGGUUAAGGGCGGCAACCAGUACUGGGUCAAUAACGGCACUGGAGGAAGUGCUAAAUGCACCGCAUUCGACCGCAAGACCGGCCACACACUCCAACUUUCCUGCUCAAUCAAGUUACCAGCCCUCUGCACCAACUCCAUUGCUCGCACUCAAGUCGGGACCAACAACGACAAAUCCAAGCAGAUCAAGGUCAGGACACCCAAGGCAGGAACGUGGCAAGGAUACCGCGACCAGAACCAAUUCCGCUUCCUAGGGAUCCCCUACGCGGAACCACCAAUCGGAAACCUUCGAUUCCAGAAACCUAUGCGACUCAACCCACGCAAGUACGGUGGUAACAAUAAAGUCAAUGAUGCGACCGAAUACGGAUUCGUCUGCACACAGCUGCCACUCGGGAUCAACUUGACUAGUGAGCAAUGGGAUUUUUUUCUUGGCGCCAAACAAUCGGAGGAUUGUCUGCACUUGAAUGUGUUUACGCCGUCGUUGAAGGACAGUCGAUCCAAGGGGUUGUCAGUGAUGGUCUAUGUUCAUGGCGGCGGGUAUGCUGCCUUGGCAUCUUCGGCGCCUAUCUAUGAGCCGGGAAACUUGGUCUCUCGAGGAGGGGUUGUUAUAGUUACUCUCAACUAUCGAAUGAGCGUCUUUGGUCUCUUCGAGAACACCCCUGCCAUCCCAAGAUCCAAGGCCCCAGGAAACUUGGCUACCAGAGAUCAGAUCGCCGCAUUGCAAUGGGUACGUGACAACAUCGCGGCAUUUGGAGGCGACCCUAGCCAGGUCACGGUCUUUGGAGAGAGUGCUGGCGGUUGGUCGAUGCGUGCGCUGCUUUCAGCCCCCUCUACUUUUGGUCUCUACAGGAACGUUAUUUCUCAGUCAGACCCGAUCGACAUCCCGCUUUCGAACCCCAAGUUUGCAGGAAAGAUUACCGACCUGACAAUGCAGAACCUCGGAUGCAAGUCGUCAGAUCUGGCCUGUGCACAGAACAAAUCGACGGAUGAGAUCACUGCGGCACAAACCAAGGCUCUGGACGUGUUCCUGCGACAGCCCGAGAACAGCUGGGUCCAAACCGCCGCCGUCUUUCGCCCCUGUGUUGACAAGUCCCUCAUACAUGCCGAUUUCGCCGAGCUGGUCCGAACAGGAAAAUACAACAGAAAGGCUAACAUCAUGUGGGGAUCGACCCGGGACGAGGCAGGCGCCUUUGUGCCACUUAUUCUUCCUAAUGUGAUCCCUUUAGUGGACGAGGAUGCGGAGCUAGCGAAACUGAUACAUAACAACAGGACACGAGGACUCAUCCGCUCGCCUUACUACAAGACCAAUGCGUCUGACCCCGACACUGUCCGCGAUACGUUUGGCGCUGCCAGUACGGACUACUACUGGACGUGCCCCAUCCAAGUCAUGAGUCGAGGCACUGCUGUCCAAAAAUCGAAUGUCUACACCUACAUCAUGGAUCACGGACGAGGAAUUGAUGGAGCUCUGGUGAAGGGACAGGUCGGGUACUGUACAGGGCGAGUCUGUCACGGCGACGACAACAUCCCAACUUUCGGAUCUGGCGAUGCUCUCCCCGGAGUUGAGCAGACAGGCGGCGAUGCUCGGUUCUCGCGCCAGGUCAUAGACCGCUUCACUACUUUUGCCAAGACUGGAAGCCCCAACCCGAACAAGAAAGCUGGAAAUACCAGUAGUAAUCUUGGCGCAGCAUUCCAAAACCCAGAUGUGACGAAUGUCCAGUGGCCCAAGUACGACAAGUCGAAUCCUGUGUUUUUGUUCAAUUUACCUAAUAGUACGGUUGUUCGGAAUGCAGAUGUGGCCAAGUGUGAGUGGACGGCGAAGAAUAUCGAGUUUGAUUAUCAGGUUCACGGACCUACCGGCAAGUUUGUUCCCAUUUUUCCAUAG